AUGCUUUUGUAUAUUUAUUUAACACUUCACUUGUUGGCCAAUGUCUUUGCUGAUACUUCUGUCCAAUAUAUCGAACAAAAAAAUGUCCCUGCAUUAGUAUUUUCAUAUAAACUAAUAGACUCGGUAGUGGCUGGAUCAGAUAAUUAUGAUUCCACAUUUGAAUAUGGUUCUGAAACUUUUCAACGAUUGUCACAAAACAUAAUACAAGAAUGUUCCUCUGAUGCAUACAUAUUCAUUAAUCAACCGGGCUUGAGAAACACUGACUUUAUUUAUUAUCAGGAUAAUUUUAAAUCUUUGGCAAAUUAUGCUAAAAUUAGUUCUACAGCUAUUAAAUUUGAAAAAGUCCAAAAUUUACAAACUAAUUUUUAUGACAAAUUAGCAAUCGCAUUAAAAGACCAUUGUAAUAUAGAUAACAUCAUUAACAUCAAUGGCCAAUCUGCGGAUGAUUUUGAUGCCUAUAUCGAUUCGGAGCCAAGAAUAAUUAGAAUAGAGUUCCCACCCUUACCUGAUGAUAGGGAUUUAAGGGCGGAGGCUAUAUCGACAUUUGAUAAGAACCUAAGGACUAUAAUUGCACAAAUCCCAUCUCCUGUCAACACAAUAUUCUAUACAUCACUGAAUCCUGGAACAAUAUCAUUAGAUGAUACAAAUGUCCCAGUGAAUAUAUUUUCAGAUAUUUUUAAAGAUAAGAAUUAUAAAAGUGGUAUUGAAAAAAAUGAUAGAAUUAGAAAUGUUCCUUCAAACUUUAACGAAUAUAGACCAAAAUCUGAAGGAAUGAGUUCCGGUUAUAUAUCUGCUUUUACUGAAGAGUUUUAUGAAGAGAAUAAAGAACUGCUAAAAUUAAUUGGUACUGCAUUGAUUGGGUUCCUUAUAUUUCAACUUUUUGAUAUUUUUUCAUUUGAAAGGCGCAAUGUGAGUGAGUCUAAACUAUCACAGUCAAAAGGGAAUGGUAUUAAUAAGAAAAGCAGUAUAGAAACAAAGGAUGAUAAAACAAAGGAUGAUAAAACGGCUAGUAAUGAAAACUUAGAUAAAAGUGAUACCUAA